GUUCAGCGGUCGUAAUAUUUUGAUAUUAUGCCUAUAUCAGCCUAUAUGAGAUAGUGUUUACGAUAGCUAUGUAUUCAUUUUAGUUUGAAUUUAAUUAAAUUUUCGCUGAGGUGACAAAGAAGAAGGUCAUUUGUAUUACAUUCAUAUUUUUCCAUUUCGUUAUUAAUCUUAAUAAUUCAUUUGCUCAUGGCUUAUCAUUGUAAUUGCGGUAGUACACAUAAUACGGCAGAACUUGGUGUCAAUUAUAAUUUAUACGAAAAAAUAGAUAAAGACAGAGUGGAAUGUCUAAAUGAAAGUGAAGAAGGUAGUGGUAUAAAAGUUUUUAAAACAUGGGAAGAGAGAUUAGAUAGAUCAGAGUAUGUCGAAAGUGAUGUAGAUGCUGAGCUGUUAUUCAAUAUACCUUUUACAGGAGAUAUAAAGUUGAAAGGUCUUAUUGUAAUUGGUGAUGAAGAUUUUUCACCCAAAACAGUAAAAUUAUACAAAAAUCGGCCACAUAUGAUAUUUGAUAAUGUAAAUACUACCCCAGAGCAGGAAUUUGAACUGAUCAAUGAUAUCUAUGGAUCUCAUGAGUAUGCUGUGAGAACAGUCAAGUUUUCAUCAGUACAACAUUUAAGUCUUUACUUCAGUGGUCAUAGAAACAUGGAACAAAUUAGAAUUUAUUAUAUCGGUCUCAGAGGAGAGUGGACUCCACCUCAUAGGCAUGGUGUGACCAUCUGUACAUAUGAAGCACGUCCUCUAAGUAGCGAUCAUCCAAAAGAUUUCAAUGAAAUAAGUAGAGCGGUUAAAUAAUAUUUUAAUUAAAAUAUAUUUUUGAGUUUGGUUUAAAAUGAAAAGCAAUGGAUAUUGGAAAUAAAAGUUACGAGAUAACAUAUUA